GAUCUUAUCGGAUUGAAAUCGACUUGGGUUGGUUCUCUUCUCGACAGAAACCGUUUCGGUUAGAUGGACGAAUGUGUUGGGAAAGCGCGCGAUUGAUCGAUUUGGCAAUCUCUCAGACACGGUAUCGUUGGCACCUGGUACGAGAGACGUUACAACUCGAUAAUUGUCACCUUUGACGUUCCGUCUUCGAAUCUGGAUGAUCGCCACGGCAUGAAACGUCAAUUCUCAUGGUGCGAACUGUAACGUUGGCUGCGUCGUGAUCGUAGAGCAUAUCCUUUAGCGAGUUCUACGUUAAAAUUGAACAGGACGAUGUAAGAAACUCCCUGAAAUUAAAGAUCUUGUUAAUGCCCAUCCUGGAAAGUAUCUGUUGUAUUGGAGCUUCGAAUAAUCUAGAACAAUGGAUAAAAUUGUCAGAAUGUCCCAACUGAAGUAUUUAUUUGAGGAGUUUCCCGGGAAUAUGAAAUUUUGUUUUGCUUACGGAUCAGGUGCAUUCAAACAAAUUAACAAUGAUGGCAAUAAUAAUAUGUUGGAUCUUAUAUUUGUUGUAUGCAAUGCUAACAAAUGGCAUGCAGAGAAUUUGAUGAAAAAUCCUAAGCAUUAUGCUCAACCAUUAAGAUAUCUUGGUCCUAAAAUGAUCACUAAUAUUCAAGAAGGAUCAGGUGCUAAAAUAUUUUACAACACAUUGGUGAGAACAAAUAAAGACCAGCUUAUUAAGUAUGGCGUGAUAUCCGAGGUUUCAUUGGUGGAAGAUUUGUUAGAUUGGAACGAUAUGUACUUGGCAGGGAGAUUGCAUAAACCAGUUAAAGUAUUGAUGGAACCCGACGAGAAUUCUCAGUUACGUACUGCACUGGUACAGAAUUUGCAUUCGGCUGUACAUGCAGCUCUGUUGUUGCUGCCUGAGCAUUUUACGGAAGUUGACUUUUUUAAAAGGAUCACCAGCCUAUCCUACCACGGCGAUUUUCGAAUGAUUUUCGGUGAAAAUAAAGAUAAGAUCAGCAACAUCGUGUUGCCACAAUUGCAUCAUUUCAAGCAGUUAUACAAACCGAUCUUGAAACAUUUUGAUAACUAUGUAGAUAUUCCAAAGUCAGAUGACAUGAUUGUCACAUGUAAUCAGGAUACCAGCCCGGCGACUAAAAUCCAUCAUUUGAAUCAUUUACCUAGAACACCCCAGAUUAAAUUAGUCAGAAUGUGGUCCCAUGGGCCAAGAUCGAAAGACACAGAAGAUUGUUUGCGUGCGAUCGCACACGAUCCGGAAUGUUGUGAUUUAUUGAAUCAAUGUUUGAAAGAGAUCGUUUGGAGGUCUAGCGUGACGCAAAGUCUCAAGGGAAUCGUAACCGCAGGGCUUAUAAAAUCCGUUAAGUACAGCGGCUCCAAGAUAAUUAAGAUGUUACAGUCCAAUUCGUUACCCAAGCCUGAUCCAAAUAAAAUCAAUAAAAUCGUUGAGACUGUUGUAAAGAAGACAGAGUCUAAGAACACUGAGAAACGCGUCGAGUAGUUAUGUCGAGUAAUUCUUUUAGACAAAGCUAAUUCAGUCUUGAUAUAUAUGUAUAUACACGUACAUUUGUAAAUUCUUAUAC